AUGGCAUUGUCACUUCACGUGGCACAAAUGGUAGUGCAGCACGUACUGGAUCAGGCAGCGCUGGGAGGCGCCACGAGCGCGUGGCUUGGAGCCAUGCAGCAGCACUUUGCAGCAGCGGCCGAAAUGACGGCGGCUCUCGAACGGACCGAUGCACACGGCGUUGCAACAGCAAUUCGCAGGCUACAUGGCAUGACACAAACGGGAUAUGAGAAGACGCUACUGACUACGUUGCAACAGGCGGUGCAGAUCUUGCUCCAGUCGCCGCUUGCACUUUUGACUGGAGAUACCACGCCAGUUCCAUUAGUAACGAUCAAGCAGGAAGGUUCAACACAGGAAUCAGAAGUAGCAUCAAUAAUGGCAGAAAACAGAGCAGUAAAGCAGAAGGGAAAAGAUUCUAGCAUUCACGAGGCAGAGGCGGCGCAGGCGCUUACAGGACUGCGAGCUGUAGCUUCUAGCGCCACGACAACGACGAUGUCAACUGCGACGACAAGUGCGCAUGCCACUACGGCUUCGUCCACACGGCCGCCGGCUGUACCAAAGUCGUCUCCUAUGGUAUCACAAGCUCCUCUUCCGUCGAUCACGCUCGGAUCACCGUUGACCAUUACUGCACCACCAAUGCAACUGAGCAGUCCCCAUUUUGAUUCAUCAGAGCUGUUUGCCAACAGUACUGCUCGGUCUCCUGGGAAUCCUUCAUCGUUACCGAGUCUCUUUGCGCGGAGUCUGCUGGCGCCGUUGGCAUCUCCGUCCAACGUGGCGGACCCUGGAGACCGGUUGGCUCUAGGUGUGGCUGGAAUGGGUUACCACAAUCCUAUGAUUGUUACGGACCAACGCAUGUCACUGGGUUCUACCAUUCGACCAGAUACUUCACCGGCAUCUCUCACUCCAAUGUACUACUCAUCCUUCCCGGUGACUUCUAAUAGCGUUAGUACUGGCAAUGCUGCUACAAACCGACAGACAUCAACAUCUUCCGUCAAGCGCAAGAGCAUUACGUCGAAGCAGCUUAGUGUAAGGUGCGAUGCCGAAGUUGCGGCUGCUCGUGCCGCCGCGUCUACAGCGGUAGCAGCAGAUAUGAGUGGACUGACACCGCUGGGUCCAAUAUCUGUGCCUGGUACGCCCAAUACGCCUGCAACUCGCAAAGCUACUCCUCGUCGUUGGACCAAAGAAGAAGAUGACGCACUGCGCUCCGCUGUCGAAAGCCAUCGCGAGAAAAACUGGAAGGCUAUUGCCGCUCAAGUGCCUGGUCGCAACCACACACAGUGUCUUCAGCGGUGGACUAAAGUGCUGGCGCCAGGCCUCGUGAAGGGCCAUUGGUCUUCACAUGAGGAUGAGCUUUUACGACGUCUUGUGGCAACGGAGCAGAAGAACUGGGGCGAUGUAGCCUCAAAGAUUCCGGGUCGCACAUCGAAACAAUGCCGAGAACGCUGGCAUAACCAUUUGGACCCGCAGAUCGUGCGGGGCGCGUACUCACCUGAAGAAGACCGGCUGAUCCUAGAGGCGCAAGCGCGACUGGGCAAUCGUUGGUCUGUUAUUGCAGCAAUGCUACCGGGACGAACUGAAGAUGCUGUCAAGAUUCGCUGGAAGUCGCACUGUCGCGUGUGGCGAGCGCGAAAGUAUCUGCGGAAGAACCCGAACAGCGAUGUGGAUAUGUUAAGUGAGCCGGCGCAAACGCCAAGAACACCAUUAGUGCCUUCCACUGGAGACUUUAAGUGGCCGGUACCACUUUUGAGUGGCAAAUCAAAAGAGCAAGAAUUGAGCGCCGAAACUGUUGGCGAAGACAUUAUACGAUUGGCUGACAAUAAAACCACUUUGAUUCGAAUGACGAUCUCAUCUCUAGAAUUUGCGUUACAGGCGACAUACCUCGACAGCUCUGUCGACCGUGCAAGUCUCGCUGUUCUCCGUGAAAUUGGGGUCUCCAUUGCCAAAUUUACGUCUAGCUCUAUAUUACAAAGCAACGUCGAAUCUGCGGUGGAUGUGACAGCCGACGAGGAGCUUCAGAACGAGCAUUCAAGUGCCACCGACAUUGUCUAUAAGGUCGUCACAGGCCGCGUGUUUUUAGACGUACGCGACUCGGCCGACUGCUGGGUGCGCUGUGCUUUAACAGAGGGCAUCAAAGUUUCGUUAGGCAUUGGCACGCUACGCCGCUUCGUGCCCAUUGUUGGCAACGCUGUGCAAGUCCUGGAAAAGAGCAAUGGAACACGACGUCUUCUGGCUCGCUACGCUCGACCGGCGGACGCUGCUAGUCAUUCAAUGCAGGUAGGUGCCAAUAAAAGCCGUGAGCUCGUGUGUGAGCUGUGCCAUCUGUUUUACACGAUGGAGUGGAUGACUGGCACUGGUGGCGCCAUGAGUCUUCGUUACGGGGAACGCAUCUACGUGACUCCGUCGGGUGUCCCCAAGGAGCGUCUGCAGCCGGAGGAUCUGUACGUGCUAGACUUGGACGGCAAUAUUCUCUCGAGCCCGAUGACUAAGAAAACUCUUAAGCUUUCGGACUGCGCGCCUCUAUUUUUAAUCGCACACAAGAUUCACAAGGCUGCCGUAGUGAUACACAGCCACGGCAUCACAUGCAACUUGGCUACUGCGCUUUGUGAUGGUAAGAGUGAGCUUUGCAUCUCGUACCAGGAAAUGAUCAAGGGCAUUGCCGGUCAUGGGUACGCAGAUACGCUGGUCGUUCCUAUAAUCGACAACGCGCCGAAGGAGUCAGCGCUGGCUGAACCGAUUGCUCGUACCAUGAAGGCGUAUCCUGAUACACCUGCUGUGUUAGUUCGUCGUCACGGCCUCUUCGUAUGGGGUGACUCGUGGAAAGCUGCCAAACGCCAUGCUGAGUGCCUCCACUACCUGUUUGAGACUGUAAUCGAGAUCGAGCUUAGCAUGGCCGAAAAACACAAGGUGGUUAUGCUGGAUAUUGAAGGAACGACGACGCCAAUUACUUUCGUCCAUGAUAUUUUGUUUCCAUAUGUGGUGAACCAUAUUGCUCGCUUCUUGGAGCAAACGUGGGAUUUGCCCGACACGAAAGCGGAUGUGGCGGCUUUGAUGGACCAGCAUAAGAAGGACCAGGUCGAUGGAGCAAGCCCCCCGACACUGGAUGAGCAACACGGCAAGGAGAAGCUCAUCGAUAGUCUCGCCGCUUACGUGAAGUGGAACGUUGUGGCAGACCGCAAAAUUGGAUCUCUCAAACAAUUGCAAGGCCAUAUGUGGCUUCAAGGCUACGAAAACGGUGAGCUCAAGGCACUUGUGUACGAUGAUGUUCCUCCGUGUCUUAAGCGUCUGCGCGCCCGUGGUGUGCGGAUCGGUAUCUACUCAUCCGGCUCACGCCAGGCCCAGAAGCUGCUUUUUCAAUAUUCAGACAAAGGCGAUUUGCGCGAGUACGUGACCGUCUACUUCGAUACGAAGAUUGGCCAUAAACGUGAAGUUGGAAGUUACAAGGAAAUUGUUGAGAAUUUUGGUGUCGACAAUGCCAAGGAUGUGCUCUUUGUCACGGACGUGAUCGAAGAGGCUCAGGCGGCUGAAGAGGCUGGACUUGACACUGUGUUGUCGGUGCGUCCGGGGAACACGCCACUGCCAAAGUCCCACCACUUUCCCACAAUUUGCUCCUUUAGUGAGCUGUAA